AUGAGUUCGGCAUCUCGUUGCCAAUAUAUCAGAGGCUUAAUUGAGAGAAGAAAAGCCGAAAUCCGAACUUUGGAACAACAAUUAGAGGGAGAAACUGGAAAAUCAGGAUCCUCAUCCACGGAUACAACUUUGCGGAUUGGAGAAUCUUCGUCUCUGCAUCUAACUUUGCAGGGAGAAGCGGCACUGGAAAAAACGGGGGAGGAAGGAAUUCCAAGUACAGAUUUAUCUUCUCGGACAAAAGGAACAAUGCAAGAUAUAGAAUGCUAUAUUCAACUCUGCAAUAAAAAACGGGAUACAAUUGCUAGAAAUACAAAGCUGUUGCAAGAAUUCAAAAACAAGACAAAUUUGGAAAAGGAGAAGGAGCGUGAAGGAUUGGCUCUUUGA